UUUCCCUGCCUGUCAUCCGUCAGCCAGCCAGCACUCCAGCAGGCACCUCUUUGGCUUGACGUUGUGGGAGCUUCCAUUGACUUUCAGCCUUCCCGAUUUCAACAGCUCCCACUUCUCGGGCACUUCACCAGCACCAUUUAACCUAUCCGAGACCCCUUAUCACAGCUACAGGGACAAUCCGUCCCUAAACCAUUUCAAGCAAGAUGGCGUCAACAGAAAAGAUCACGGUCUACAACGUAGCCGACCUGCGAGCAACAACCGACGACGCCCUCCUUAACUACCUCAACUCGCUCGGCCUGCGCCAAUCCCACACCCUCCUCGACACCCGUCUCGCCCUAGGCUUCUCGGCCUUCCUCCUCUCCGCCGCCUGCUUCGCCUGGGACUAUAAGCUCGGCUUCGAGUCCACCAAGCAAUACACUUUGAUCGCUGUGAUCCUGUACACUUUACUCAAUGGCGCCCUGACGUACUGGAUCAUGUUCGUCGAGCAGGGAACCAUCUACGCGGGAUCGACCAAGGACGGCAAGACGCGGAUCAGAGUGAUUAGCGAUAGCAAGAAGCCCCAGCAAAAGGGGGAGGCGCCGUUGUAUAAGUUGAGGGUGGAUGUGGAGGAUGUGAAGACGAAGAAGGUGCAGAAGAUUGAGUUGGAGAGGAGGUUCAGCGAGUGGUUCGAUGCUAGUGGACGGUUUGUGGCCGCGCCGUUCCAGACGGUGUUGGCGCAGGGGAUUCCGUUGGUGGGGAGGUUGGAUCCUAAGAGGGCUGUUGCUGCUGCUCCCGCUUCUGGGGGACAGGGCAUGAUUAAGGAGCAGUUUGCGGAAACACCGGGUUAUACGGCGGAGAUUUUGGAUGCUAUUGCUAGUGGCUUGGGAGAGAGCUCGACGACGGCGGCGACGGGGUUUAGUGCGAAUCAGGAUGCUGGGAAGAAGAGGAGGAAAUAG